GACAGUGGGACAAUGCGCCACGAAAAGAAGCUUCACUGUCGGCUUACUCUGACUUUUCUUCACUCUGUUCCAUUCCCUAAUUUCCCUGUCCUUCCGACCAAAAAAAAUAGUUCACCAAUAAUUGAUGACCAGUGAUGGUUUGAACCUAUUAACUAAUUAAAAGUACUGAGUAGAGUAUAUUCUAUCUCUGAUUGUGAAGCUAUAAUUCAGUACUUCAAAAUUAAAAAGGUUAGGUAUGCUUCUUCUUCUUCCUCUUUUUUAUGUCCAAAAAGAGUAAGAUUUAUUAGGUAUUGGGAUUUUCAAAAGCAUGCAGAGAUUUUCUAGCACUGUAUGGAGGGAAACAGGGAUUGGAAGACACAUCUCAAGCACACAAAUAUUGAAGUCAACACUAUACAAAGGUCCUGCAACAACUAUUACUCUUCUCUUCUUGUUCAUCGUCAUCUCUGGCAUACUCAUCUCUUCUUCUUGGAUCAAUUCUUCUACUCUUAUGGUUAGUAAUGAAAUUGAGAAAGCAAUAGUUAUCUCCAAAGAAAACAAAAAGAGAAUUGAAUUUCCACUCAACUGUUCCAAUGGAAAUCUUACUCAAACAUGUCCAUCCAAUUACCCUACAACAUUCAGAGUUGAAGAUGAUGAUGAGGCAUCAUCAAAUGAUUCGAAUUCUACAUGUCCGGAGUAUUUUCGUUGGAUUCAUGAAGACUUGAAGCCAUUUAAGGCGACUGGGAUCAGCAGAGACAUGGUGGAGAGAGCAAAGACGACGGCACAUUUUAGGGUGGUGAUAGUGAAAGGGAAGGUUUAUGUGGAGAAGUACAAGAAGUCAAUACAGAGUAGAGAUGUGUUCACUUUAUGGGGGAUUCUGCAGCUUCUGAGGAGGUACCCGGGGAUGUUGCCGGACUUGGAGUUGAUGUUUGACUGCAACGACAAGCCGGUCAUCAGAUCACGCGACUACCGUGAUCCUAAUGCCACUGCUCCACCACCAUUGUUUCGAUACUGUGGUGAUAGAUGGACCAUGGAUAUUGUCUUCCCUGAUUGGUCCUUCUGGGGUUGGGCUGAAAUAAACAUAAAGCCAUGGGAGAGUAUUCUGAAGGAGCUAAAAGAAGGCAACAAUAGGACCAAAUGGAUGGAAAGGGAACCAUUUGCCUACUGGAAAGGGAACCCUUUUGUUGCUGACACCAGGAAAGACCUCCUCAACUGUAAUGUCUCCGAUCAACGAGACUGGAAUGCUCGCCUAUUCGUACAGGAUUGGAUUCAGGAAUCUCAACAAGGCUUUAAGCAGUCAGACUUGGCAAGUCAAUGCACUUAUAGGUACAAGAUAUAUAUUGAAGGAUAUGCAUGGUCUGUAAGUGAGAAAUACAUACUAGCCUGUGAUUCAGUCACAUUGCUAGUAAGACCACGUUACUAUGACUUCUUCACAAGAAGUCUACAGCCGGUGCACCAUUACUGGCCGAUAAGAGAUAAUGACAAAUGCAGAUCCAUUAAAUUUGCUGUAGACUGGGGAAAUAAUCACAAACAAAAGGCACAGGCCAUUGGAAAAGCUUCAAGUGACUUCAUUCAAGAAGAGCUAAAAAUGGAUUACAUUUAUGAUUACAUGUUUCAUUUGUUAAACCAAUACGCGAAGCUGUUGAAAUUCAAGCCUGAAAUACCCGAAGGAGCAGUGGAGUUCUGCUUGGAGACCAUGGCAUGCUCUGCAGAAGGGACACAGAAGAAGUUUAUGACGGAAUCCAUGGUGAAAAGUCCUUCCAUUACAAGCCCAUGCACUAUGCCUCCUCCUUAUGAACCUCAAGUUUUCGGAGGCCUUGUUAGGAGAAAAGUCAAUGCAAUAAAACAAGUGGAGACAUGGGAGAAGAGAUAUUGGGAUAGUGUUAGUGAGAAGCAGUAGGGAUACCUUAGAUUUAUGGUAUGAGUGUGUACAAUUAUAUAGGAACUUACAUCUUUAUUUUAUUUUUAUUUUUGCCCGGCAAAUAACUUUUACAGUGCUCCUGGAGAGACUCGAGCCCUCCACUUUCUCCUUUGAAGGAAGAGAAUGUAUCACUAGACCAUAUGCCCUUGUGGUAAUUUACAAUAAUAUGGGAUUAAUGCUA